UGUAAUACAAGUCGAGAAAAAUAUUAAAGGGGAUCCUAUCUUCUAUAAGUAGCAUGGCACCUUCGCUGUUUCAUAGGGUUUCCAUCCCAAAAACUUAAACUUCUAUAUUUCACACAAUAUUCUCUCCAAAAUGCCGCCGCAAAUGAAGAUCGUUGUGAAGGUGCCAAUGCACUGUGACAAAUGCAGAACCAAGGCCUUGAAGAUUGCAGCUGCUGCACACGGUGUUAGUAAAGUGUCGAUAGAAGGAGCAAACAAAGAUCAUGUGGAGGUUAUCGGGGAUGAUGUAGACUCGGUUUGCUUGACGAGGUCAUUGAGGAAAAAGCUCGGCUGUUCCUGCACCAUAGUCAAAGUUGAAGAAGUGAAGCCGGCAGUUAAAACUGAGGAAAAGCCAACUCCAGCUUGCACUCCCAGUUUCGUCCAAUGUACUGUGAACUGGUUCGUGAAUAUCCAGAACCAACCACUUGCUCCAUAAUGUAAUUGCGUAAGACAUGAAUUAGUUGAACUUGAGUACGAUCAUUUUCAUUUUCUCUUUUCCCUUGUAGAUGCAUGGAUCUAAAGUUCAUAAGAAAUAUUUUUAUAUCAAUUGCUUCUCUCUUUGAAA